GAGGGGAGUAACAUGAUUUUCGACCACAUCUCGGUGUCGUGGGGUCGGGAUGAGACUUUCAGUAUCUCGGGGCCCGAGGCGGGAAAUAUCACUAUUCAGAACAGUAUCAUUUCCCAGGGUCUAGAGACACACUCUUGUGGCGGACUGAUACAGACGGAGAUUGGUAACGGCGUCAGCUUGUUCCGUAACCUGUAUAUCGACAACAAGACGCGGAACCCGAAAGUUAAGGGCACGAACGACUUCACCAAUAACGUGAUUUACAAUUGGGGCGGCGGAGGCGGCUAUAUAGCGGGCGGUGACUCGUCGGGCACGUCAGAAGUCAACAUUGUUGGCAACUACUUUAUCAGCGGACCGAGUACCUCUGCUACAGCCUUCACGCGCGGAAACGCAGACUUCAAAGGCUACGUGGAAAAGAACUUCUACGACUCAGACAAAGAUGGUACGUUGAAUGGAAAAGAACUCGGUGUUGCAUCAUCGAACUACGGCGGUAUGGCUAUCCAGACCACGAAGUUUGCUCAUCCAGCUCCAAGCAAGAUCCUCUCUGCUGCAGACGCACUUGCAUAUGUUGAAACUUCCGUUGGAGCGAGCAAGGUUCGCGACGCACUGGACACGCUGCUUAUCACGGAACUGAAGAGCAGGGGCAAGUCGGGCAAGCUUAUCAGCGAUGAGAGCUCAGUGGGUGGGCCAGGAACGAUUGCUGGAGGAACGCAGUGGGUCGAUGCGAAUGGAAAUGGAAUACCAGACGAUGUGGAGGAUCAAUUCUCGGAUGUGGAGGCCUGGGCGAACUCCUUGGUGCCUAGUGGCUAUUGAGAGAGGCGAGUCUCAGGAGAAAAUGUGAGCUGGGACGCAAUGAGACAUACCUCAAAAGCCAUGUCGGUCACCUGUGUUUGAAAAGAUUAACAUUUCUCAAUUCGGACAAUCUUCUUUACAUCUAAUACCUUUAUUGAAUCACUUUCUGAUGUCCUAAAGUUAUACGCGCCUUUGUAGAAAGUUGUAUCACUCUCUGUUG